AAAAAAAAUAAUUACACCUUGGACAAUAACAAAACGGGGGGGAAGAGGUUAUUUUUUUUUUUAUUCUCUUUUCUUUAGCUCGAUAACGUUAUUUUAAUAAUGAACGCCAUGUCCACCGUUUUCCGUCGUGCUUACAGCACCAAGUCUCUUGUUCCUCCCAACAUUGCUGCUGCCACCAAGGUUGGUAGUGGUGCUGCUAAGGAUGCUCAAAUGACCGAUUUGGUUGCUUUCUACAAGAAAUUGCCCAAGGGUGCUGCCACUAUUGCUAAGCCCUCAGGUCCCUGGGGUCGUUACAAGGCUCGUUAUAUUGAUGGUGAAAAUGCUUCUAUCACUCCUUUCCUCCAUCUCCUUGCUGGUAUCUUCGUCACUGGUUAUUCCAUUGAUUAUCACUUCCACUUGAAGCACCACAAGAACGUUGAACACCAUUAGAAUAGUUUUUUCUUACAAGAAAUAAAACAUAUCCAUAUAGUCACGACAACCACAACAUACACAUACGCAAUUUUUUUUUUAAGUAUAGUUUAUUUUUGAUGGAUGAAC